UCCCAUUCCAAUCUGAUAGGGUCACUGCCGCCUCACACUCUCCGUAUGAAGAACGAACGACAUGAUUGGAUAAAUAGUCACAGGGGCGGGACGGCCCCUCCCUCCCACAAGGAGCCAAUGGGAAUGUGGGAGGAAGCGAGUGACCCAGUGAUGGGGAAGAAGGAUAAAAAUGAGGAGCGGAAGGAGAGAAUCCUGAAUCUCACACUGGAGAUUAUCUAUCUGCUGACUGGAGAGAGCUACAUCUUCCCUAAGAAGAAGAGCCCAACUGUGGGUUUGGGGGCCCUGCAUGCCCCUGGCUCCGUCAUACAGAAGGAAAAUGACAAGAAGAUCCUGGAACUCAUCUCCAACAUCAUCCAGCUGCUGACUGGAGAGGUUGCCAUAAGGUGUGAGGAUGUUUCCAUCUAUUUUUCCUUGGAGGAGUGGGAGUAUAUAAAAGGAAACCAGGCCCUUCUCAGAAAAAUUAUGAAGGAGGAGGAGGAGCCCCAGCAAGUCUGCCCACCGGACGGUGAAUAUGAAGAUAAGAGAGAGAUUCCAGCUGAUCUGGGAGGAACAUUAUGUUAUAAUAAUGAGCCAAGCAAGAUUGGGGCUGAAGGAGCAGAUUUUUGUGUCGAUGGAGAAUUGAGAAACCCUGAAAUUUCUCCAGCGGAACAGCCCCCACCGGCCAAUGGGAUUAAAGAGGAGGCGGCUUCAGAUUGCAGCAUUAAUCCCCUUACAGAACAGAUACAGGGAACAGACACACCUACUCCUAUCAUGGGGUGCAGCCUGAAUAACAAUUCGGCAGAGGAUUAUAGAUCGGUUGUUAUUAAAGAGGAAGAAUCUUCAUCGGAAGGGGAAAACCAAUCAGAUUGCAGCAUUAAUUCACAGAUACAGGGAACAGACACACCUACUCCCAACACAGAGACGUAUAACUGUUCUGAGUGCCAUAAACGUUGUAAAACUAAGGCAGGUUUUCUCAAGCACCAGAAAACUCACACAGGGGUAAAACCAUUUGUCUGUUCUGUGUGUGAGAAACCAUUUAAAUAUCAGUCAAAACUUAAUUUACAUAAGAGAAGUCACACAGGGGAGAAACCGUUCUCUUGUUCUGAAUGUGGGAAAAGGUUUACCCGGCAUGUACAUCUUAUUGAGCAUCACAGAACCCACACAGGAGAGAAACCCUAUUCCUGUUCUGACUGUGGAAAACAUUUUUCACAUAGUUCAGACUUUUACAGACACUGCCGAAUUCACAGACUAGAGAAAUUAUGUAUUUGCUCCCAAUGUAACAAACAGUUCACGUCUCACUCAGAGCUUAUUGUGCAUCAAAGUAGUCACGUGGGAAGGGGACAAUACCCUUGUUCUGAAUGUGGGAAACAUUUUGUGUCUACCUCACAGCUUAAGAUACAUCUCAGGGUUCACUCAGUAGAGAGACCGUACUCUUGUUCUGAGUGUGGGAAAUGUUUUAAGUAUUCCUCAUACCUUACUGUACACAAAAGAAUCCACACAGGGGAGAAACCGUUCACUUGCACUGAAUGUGGGAAAGGUUUCAUUGAUCGGGCUUACCUUAAUUCUCAUAAAAAAAUUCAUACAGGGAAGAAACCAUUCACUUGCACUGAAUGUGGGAAGUGUUUCUCUGAGGGUUCAAGGCUUAAAUUCCAUACAAGAAUUCACACAGGGGAGAAACCAUUCAGUUGUAGUGAAUGUGGGAAAUGUUUCCGUAAUAGCACAAGCCUUAAAUUCCAUACAAGAAUUCACACAGGGGAGAAACCAUUUGCUUGCAAUGAAUGUGGGAAAUAUUUUAUGUAUCGUUAUCAGCUCACUGCACAUUCCCAGUUACACACAGGGGGGGAACCAUUGCCUGACAGUAACUGUACUGAUACACAGUGAGUUACAUACGAUUAUGAUGUUAUCAGAUUCCUUUUGGUUAAUGUAUUCUUAAUCUUCAAUAAAUAUUUAAUCUUCAGAGGUAAAACUA